CCAUCUUGGAGGCUCCGGAGGCGGUGCCGCACAGGACAGAGCGGAAGUGCUCGGCUGGCCUUUCCCGACCGUGCGAAGCGCCGGCGCGGCCGCCUGCCCGCGUCCUCCUUCUCGCGGCCCUCGGAGACCGCGCUCGGCCGCAGGGAGCGGCGAGUUACAGAAUGUCCGAAGGGGACAGUGUUGGGGACUCGGUCCACGGGAAGCCUUCCGUGCUGUACAGAUUUUUCACGAGACUCGGACAGAUCUAUCAGUCCUGGCUCGACAAGUCCACGCCGUACACCGCCGUGCGAUGGCUGGUGACGCUGGGCCUGAGCUUCGUCUACAUGAUUCGCGUUUACCUGCUGCAGGGUUGGUACAUCGUGACCUACGCCUUGGGGAUCUACCACCUCAAUCUUUUCAUAGCCUUCCUCUCUCCCAAAGUGGACCCUUCCCUGAUGGAGGACUCAGACGACGGCCCCUCGUUACCCACCAGACAGAACGAGGAGUUCCGGCCCUUCAUCCGGAGGCUUCCAGAGUUUAAGUUUUGGCACGCGGCGACCAAGGGCAUCCUCGUGGCCAUGGCCUGCACCUUCUUUGAGGCGUUCAACGUGCCGGUGUUCUGGCCCAUCCUGGUGAUGUACUUCUUCAUGCUUUUCUGCAUCACCAUGAAGAGGCAAAUAAAGCACAUGAUAAAGUACCGGUACAUCCCGUUCACGCACGGCAAGAGGACGUACAAGGGGAAGGAUGACGCGGGCAAGACGUUCGCGAGCUAGACGCCCGGCCGGACCGCCGGGGCCCGAGGACGGUUCUGAGCCAUUGUAACAAUGCCUUCUUCCUGCACAUAAGUAGUUGGUUUCGAGGGAGUCGAAUUUUCUUUUUAAAAAGGAGCUUCAAUUAUUUGUAACUGAAAUAUCAGGUUCUUGAAGAAACUGACAUUUAAACCAAAUUGCAUUGAUUUAUUUUUCAGUGACAUUCAAGUGUUCAGAUGGACAGAAUUCUAGUAAACUGCGGGCUGGGCGGACAGUCAGGUGGGGGCGUGGGGAGGGGCGGGCGGCCUGGAACAGACCUGCGCAGAAGCAGCCGGGUUGCGCCCAGCUGCCCCCAACCCGGAUGCCCUUGGCCCCGUGACCCAGCUGGAGGAGGACGCUAACCUGGUUCCUGCGUGUUGGAAGAACAUUGGAAAGGCCAUUUCCAGUACCUCGGGGGUUCUAAUGCCAGUUUCCCAGUUUCAUCUCUGGUACCAGAGACGGUUCAUGUUGGUCUCUAUCAUAAUGACUCAAAACUUUGUUCUUAAUUACCGUGAUUGCUUUUGAGGGCCUGGAAUUACAAAUAUAUAUAUUCUAUUUUAA